GCAGAAGCGCUGCCAGGAAGGUCACGUCCAAGGCUCACCCACCCAACCCUGCAGGUAUAAAAGAAGAGAGAAGAGUGACAGGGACCAAACGGGAGGCGACGGAGGAGAAAAGAGGUUAAGGAGCAGUGACUAAGAGAGGCCACUGAACAUCUUCGUCCUCAGAGAGCUGCCUUUCCGCGACAGCCACACGCAUCUCCCAUCUUCUGAGCCCUGCUCCUGUCCUCAGAAAGCCUUGGACUGUAAAGGUGAGAGCUGUUAGUGUUGGCUCAGAGUCCUUUCCUGGUCACUGGCCAGCAUUGUUCUGCUCCUUGCAGGGGUCCCUCCAAUCUUGUUUGCCUCUGCAGAGCCUCAGCCACCUGGAAGAUGCCGAGAUUCUGCUACAGUCGCUCAGGGGCCCUGCUGCUGGCCCUCCUGCUUCAGACCUCCAUAGACGUGUGGAGCUGGUGCCUGGAGAGCAGCCAGUGCCAGGACCUCACCACGGAAAGCAACCUGCUGGCUUGCAUCCGGGCCUGCAGACUCGACCUCUCGGCGGAGACGCCCGUGUUUCCAGGCAACGGAGAUGAACAGCCCUUGACUGAAAAUCCCCGGAAGUACGUCAUGGGUCACUUCCGCUGGGACCGCUUCGGCCCCAGAAACAGCAGCAGUGCUGGCGGCUCAGCGCAGAGGCGUGCGGAGGAAGAGACGGCGGGGGGAGAUGGCCGUCCGGAGCCAAGUCCACGGGAGGGCAAGCGCUCCUACUCCAUGGAGCACUUCCGCUGGGGCAAGCCGGUGGGCAAGAAGCGGCGCCCUGUGAAGGUGUACCCCAAUGUCGCCGAGAACGAGUCGGCCGAGGCCUUUCCCCUAGAGUUCAAGAGGGAGCUGGAAGGCGAGCAGCCUGAUGGCUUGGAGCACGUCCUGGAGCCGGAUACCGAGAAGGCCGACGGGCCCUAUCGGGUGGAGCACUUCCGCUGGGGCAACCCGCCCAAGGACAAGCGCUACGGCGGCUUCAUGACCUCCGAGAAGAGCCAGACGCCCCUGGUGACGCUCUUCAAGAACGCCAUCAUCAAGAACGCGCACAAGAAGGGCCAGUGAGGGUGCAGGGGUCUUCUCACUCCAAGGCCCCCUCCCUGCAUGGGCGAGAGCACCUGACCUCCAGCCUCUUAGAGUUACCUGUAGUUAGGAAAUAAAACCUUUCAGACUUCA